AGUGCCAGAAUCGCCGUCCAGCUAGAAAGAAGAACACCUCAGCCGCUACAACACUGUUAUUAUUAGUAGUAUUAUUUAUCCCCGCACUUGUCGCUGCGGUGAUGCGCACAUCCCUGCCCUGUCGGAGCUGCACCGCAGCCCUGCACGCACGGCGUCAGCUGCGUCUCGCUGCGUCCGUCAUCGCCCCGCGUGGCGCUGCGUGCUGCUCGUCGUCGUUGUCGUCGUCGUCGACCUCGGUCAGCGCUCUUGGGUGCUGCACCAGCUCCUUCUACGACAAAAUCCGCGAGAAGCGCGACGGCAGCGAUGACGGGCCGGAGCAGAUGUUCGAGGAUUUCGCGAAGAGCCCGCGCCGGCAACGGAUGCCGGCGGAGCUGCACAAGUCGAACAAGGAGGCCGUCGACCGUGCGGAGUACCUGAAUCGGAUCUUUUCUGUUUUUCUCCUCUUCGUGCUGGGUGGCAGCAUCUACUUCAUUGACCCUUUUAACGGUGACCAGUACAGCAGACCCGAGGGCUACGGCGUGACGGAUCCGAAGAACGUGUACGGCAGCAGCGACCGUGCCGGUGGCCCCCACGGACGACAAUAA